CCAUAACAACGCUGGAUAUGGCGGCGGCGCCUCCAACUAUGACUACACAAGCCAGCAUGCAUCGUAUGGGUAGGACGAUCCAUCCCCAUCACGGGAAGGGCAUCAGUGGCGUGGUUUUUGGCAGCCCCAUCCAUUCGUUAUUUCUUUUCUCACCACUCUGCGCACAGAAUUGGUAUGACGACCGUGCGAGUUUCACUUGCUACUGCACGUCAAGCAGACGGUCACGUACUUGUUUUGAUAGCGUGGAGUCCCCGCCUCUCUCUCACCGCUACCUGUUAAUCGAAUCAAGCUGACUUUCUUCCAGUGGCGGCGGUGGCUAUGGCGGCAGCAACGGAGGUUCAUACGGCGGCGGCGGCGGUGGAGGCUACGGUGGUGGCGGCGGUGGUUACGGCGGAGGUGGAGGCGACAGGAUGUCUGCCCUUGGCCAGGGCCUGAAGACACAGCAGUGGGAUCUCGACACAAUGCCAAAGUUCGAGAAGUCCUUCUACAAGGAGGAUCCCGCAGUUGCCGGACGCACACCAGACGAGGUCGACGCCUACCGCAAGGAGCACCAGAUGGCGGUCGUUGGCAAGAACGUACCUAAACCCGUUACAUCGUUCGACGAAGCUGGAUUCCCAGCGUACGUCAUGAACGAGGUCAAGGCACAAGGAUUUGCGGCGCCCACUGCUAUCCAGGCGCAGGGAUGGCCCAUGGCUCUCUCUGGACGCGAUGUUGUCGGUGUUGCUGAGACAGGUUCCGGAAAGACAUUGACCUACUGUCUGCCCGCUAUCGUUCACAUCAACGCUCAGCCUCUGCUCGGUCCCGGUGAUGGUCCCAUCGUCCUGAUCCUCGCGCCUACUCGUGAAUUGGCUGUUCAGAUUCAACAAGAAAUCAGCAAGUUCGGAAAGUCUUCCCGCAUCCGCAACACCUGUGUUUACGGUGGUGUUCCCAAGGGCCCGCAGAUCCGCGACCUCGCUAGGGGCGUCGAAGUGUGCAUCGCUACCCCUGGACGUCUUAUCGACAUGCUCGAGUCUGGAAAGACCAACCUCCGUCGUGUCACCUACCUUGUUCUCGAUGAGGCCGAUCGCAUGCUUGACAUGGGUUUUGAGCCGCAGAUUCGCAAAAUCAUUGGACAGAUUCGCCCAGAUCGUCAGACUUGCAUGUGGUCUGCUACAUGGCCCAAGGAAGUUCGUCAGCUGGCUGCCGAUUACCAGAAGGAUUUCAUCCAAGUCAACAUUGGCUCCAUGGAUCUCUCCGCCAACCACCGCAUUCAGCAGAUCGUUGAGGUUGUCUCAGAGUUCGAGAAGCGCGACAGGAUGGCCAAGCACCUUGAGACCAUCAUGAGCGACAAGGAAAACAAGAUCUUGAUCUUUACAGGUACCAAGCGAGUCGCUGAUGAGAUCACCCGAUUCCUUCGCCAGGAUGGAUGGCCAGCGUUGUCCAUUCACGGUGACAAGCAGCAGAACGAGCGCGAUUGGGUCUUGAACGAGUUCAAGACUGGCAAGAGCCCCAUCAUGGUUGCCACUGACGUGGCUUCCCGUGGUAUUGGUAUGAUUGCAAACCCCCCCACCCCUCUCCCCUCUCCCUCCCAAACUAUUAUUAUGCGUGAACUGCCAUUGUGCUCUGCUUAGGUUGUCUUGUGCGCUCGCUACAUUUGCUUCCAUGACAUCGUCCAGGGCUUGAAGAGUUUCUCGAUCUGAAAACCAGGGAUCCUUGGGCACGCUGGCGAAGUAUUCGCUCUUUGCCGCUCUCUGUCUCACGUAUUACCGAGGUAUUACUGAGACAAGCUGAGAUGAUUGAACUUGUGCUUCUACAAGUUGUAAUCUCUUCCAAGGGUUUCUGGACCAGGAGAUAUCCGCAGCCUUUCCCACUGGAUUCGUAUGCCAUGACCAUCGUUGUAGCGCACUGAGACACUUGCAUGCAACAUACUGCAGCUUCACGCGAUCACAUCCUGAUCGUCGUUUUGCCCGUCACACUUACCAAUUGCUAACCUUGCGUUUUAAGAUGUCCGUAACAUUACCCACGUGUUCAACUAUGACUACCCCAACAACUCGGAGGACUAUGUCCAUCGUAUUGGUC